UCCUCCCAUGGGGCUCCCCCUCCUCAUCCUCACCCUGGGGGUGCUGCUGGGGCUUGGGGAGGGGCACCAGGACCACCCCCACCUCUAUGGACCCCCCAAAACCCGCCCGGACACCGCCCAGGUGUGGCUGCAGACGAUGGGGGCGGCCCUGGGGGUGUCCCUGGCCCCCCACCUGGUGCUGCUCCUGCUCCCGGCCGAUUCGGGGUCCCCCCGGCGCCGGGGGCUGCUGCGGCUGCUGCUGAGCUUCGCUGCCGGGGGGCUGCUGGGCGACGCCUUCCUGCACCUCAUCCCCCACGCCCUGGCUCCCCACGAUCACCACGAGGACCACGACCACGGUCACCUUGAGGACCACGGCCACUCCCACCACGGCCACGCCCCCAAAUCCAAGCACAGCUCCAGCGAGGACGAGGCCGACGGCGACGCCCAAGGGACCAAGGGGACAAAAGCCACCGGGGCCACCGGGGCCACCAAGGCCACCAGGAGCCGGCGCGGGAGGAGCUCGGACAGGGACAGGGCAGGCAUGGCGGCCUCGGGUUACCUGAACCUGGCGGCCGACGCGGCGCACAACUUCACGGACGGGCUGGCGCUGGGCGCGGCGUUCUGGGCGGGUCCGGCGCGGGGCGCGCUGACGGCGCUGUCGGUGCUGCUGCACGAGCUGCCCCACGAGCUGGGCGACGUGGCGCUGCUGCUGCGCGCCGGCUGCUCCAAGAGACAGACCUAA